AUGACAUCCGCCGUGCCUGUUCCACCUCGGGGCUACAGCUCGCUGGGCCCUCUUCCGCCAUCGAUGCGCUCGUCGCAGCCUAUGCCGGCUCCGCUCAGCCGGAUCGCGCUCGCUGCCAAGCAGAACCAGAUUCUCGCCCUUCAAGCCCUUCAAGCUGCUGCCGCUUCCGCUUCGGCAUCCUCAUCCUCCUCUUCUUCAUCGGCUGCCGGCUCUCCGCCACCUUCCUCGUCCUUCGUCAGGUCCUCUACCGGCACGGUCUACGCCGCUGGCUCCAAGCGCGGUCGCAAAUUCCAAGCAUUCCGAGCUCCUACGCUCUCAAUCGUCACCAAGGAUACCGCAGUGACCACACGCUCUCAGAAUAAGGACGAGCAGUCUGUGCCGAUCGUGACCACCAACGUGCCGCACUGGUCGGCCGAAGGCUCGCACCCACUCUUCGACCCCAACUCAGGCAAGCGAUCCGAGAUCUACUCGCUCACCAAUGAUCGAUAUCCUGGUGCUCCUGGCACUGCUCUCGCCAAAGCACGUGAAGCUCAGCAAAAAGCGAUCCAGACGGCAAAGCGCGAAGCUGCCAAGAAGCUCGCUUCCAAGGCUGAACUCGAGCAUCUCGGCGUCAAGGGCCUCGGCAAGAAGCGCAAGAGCAGCAGUCCCUAUGCUACCGUCGGUGGUGGUCUUCACGCCACUGCUGUCGCUCAAGCCGUUGCGGCCAGCAGUUCCAAGGCAGAUGCGACUGCUCAAGCUAUGAGCCGUGACUCUUCUCGAGGCCGUAGCGCAGUCAAGCCGUCAUCCGAGACUCAUCUCACGGUCCCCUCGACAAGCCGAUCGCGUCGACCUGCGUCGAGGGCAUCCUCGCCGGCACCUAUCACAGCUCAGGCCUCGUCUACGCGACGUUCAGGCACGCGUUCCGGAUCGGUCGCCCCAGCCGAAGAGGACGCGAGCAGCACUGCUGCAGGCAAUGGACGCAACAACCGCAGCUCGCCUUCGCGUGGCACGAGUCCCCCCGACAACAGCAAGAACCAUCACGGCCUUUCUUCCACUGCGCCUUUCCAGAGCAGUCCGCUCGCUGCCAGCGCCAUCACCAUGGAGCCUCUGCUCGACACGGAGGAUGCCGACCAGAACGAGGUCAAGCUGGGAGUACCUGCCACUGCAUCCAAGCGCAAGGCGAGCGCACUUAGCCACGAGGUGCACGCUGAAGCUGCUACAGAGUCCGUCGCUGCUGAGACGGUGGACGAGGCGAACAAGCGUGUCAAGAGCGACGAUGACGCGAAGGAGGAAGCUGUCGAUGAGGCUGCAGCGGAGAGGACGGUGAAAGAGGGAUCUCCCUCUUCCGUGUCUUCGAGCCGUCGAACGUCGCCAAGGAUGAGCUCACGCCGUGUUGUCGGUGACGGUGAAGCUGCCUAG